AUGAAAUCCUAUGUAGCCGUAGUCAUUUACUCGGUCAAUUCAAAAAAUUCUGAGUUCCAGAAGAUGCGGGUUAGAUCUUUGAAAAUGGGUAUAGAAAAAGUUGGUGCUUUCGAUAAACUAAUGUUAUUUUCUUGUAGUGUAGAUCCUUCUUUAUCGUGGUCUGUUGAAGGUUCUUCUCAUAAGGAAAGAUGGAUUCCUAUAACUCCACGUGCAUCCAGUGGUUUUCUUGUUUCGGACCGUAAUUCGUCAUUGAGUUCUACAUUGUCUGUUGAUUUAGAAUUAGAAACUGUUUCUGGUUCCGAAAAAUCUUGUGUUUCAUUCACUUUACGUCCAGAUUACCACGAUGACCAGGGUCUACUUUGUCUUCCAGUUUCUUCAGUUAGCGGUAUUUUGGAUGAAAUUUACCUGUACUAUCUGUUUAUAUUUGGAUACAAACCAUUUCAUGUAGACCACAGAACACCUCUCUAUUUAUGCCUCCCUCCAGUCAAUUCAUCUAUGCAUCAAAAUGCAACCUCCCAACCAAUCAUAGUCGGUCAUGCUGGUGCCGGUGUAAAACGUGCACAUUAUGGUAAAGGGCUUCAAUGGCCUGAAAACACAAUAUGCGCCUUUCAACGUGCUGAGCAACUUGGAGUAACAAUGGUAGAAUGUGAUGCGAAUAUCACAAAAGAUUCUGAAGUUGUUUUACACCACAACUUCACACUAGGAGUAUGUGAGCAACCGAAAAAAUCUGAAAACGAUCCACCAACCUUCAUUUUAGAACAUAAAACUGAUAGUGUAGUAAAUGAAAAUAGCACAGAUCUGAUUGUGAACUACCAAUUAUCUGAAAUUCGCAACUUGUUGAGAAAGGUCAAUGGAACGAUCGGCUGUGCAAACAUUAUCCAAAGUCAGUAUCCUAGUCCCUUAACAAUGAGUGACCCUAUUCCAAAUAUUCAUGGUAAAGAGGCUGAACCAAUACCGUUAUUAAAAGACGCAUUCUACCAAACUUCUACAAAUCUAAGCUUUAACGUAGAGCUAAAAUAUCCCAUAGAAACUCCAUAUAAUCUAAUUGCUGAAGCAUUAAUUAAACAUAAACCUGUCGAAUCUUCUUUACCAACACCGUCCUCAUAUUUCUAUAAAAUCAACAAAUUCUGCGAUACAAUAUUAGAUAUGAUCAGUUGGAGACCGUAGCGAAGAUCUAUCACACUACAUGUAUACUCAGAAAAUAAACCUCAAAACUGCUACAGCACGCUAUAACAAACAAACAGACACUCGACAAUUACAUGUUAGUUGUUGCACUACUUCACAUGUUUCUACACAAGCAGUCGAAUCCAAGUGAAUAUGAACGAGAAGAACAAUUUGAAUUCUACAUAAAAGUUUCAGAAAUAAUUGCAACUGGUUUAGUUUAAUUUUAUCCAGCUCAGUUUAGGCAGUAAUAUCGUAACGUAAUCUUUCUAAUUCCAAAUAGAGGCCAGU